CUUCAAACUGUUCACUGCGCAGGCGAUUCUCCACGUUAUAAGUGUUCAACGUGCGUGACCAGAGUCAGCAUUCGUACCGAGGUACCAGACGCGCUCGAGAGUCACGCCAGCGAACAACUACCUGCUGAUCGACGUAGCGGUUAGCCUGAGACUGUUUAAUUUAAAUAGAUAUUUUCGACGUACGCGUGAGAAUCUUGUUCGGAAACAUGGCAACGGAGGUGGCGCAACUUCCCCAUCUAAAGGUCGUUAGUCGCGUAAUGGAAUUGCCCAUCGUUGAGCUGGCGUUCGUCAAAUCCGCAGAGACGUAUUCCAGAGUGAAGGGUUCGCACCAGUUAAUGAAUUGGGCUCUGAGCACCGCCGAAUCGUCCCUGAGCACUGCGACGAGACAAGCGAUGCCCAUCGCCGUGCCCAUCGCGAAAAGACUCGAGAGCCCCAUUAAUUUCGUCGAUCACACUUUAUGCCUUGGUCUCGAUAAAAUCGAAGAAAAAGUACCGCUGGUGAAGGAGAAACCCGCACAGAUUUUAGAGAAAGCGGUAUCAAGAAUUUCGCAUGUAAACGAUUUGAUUCUCCAACAAGCGACGAAUUUGCGAGACAUCAGCUGGAAUACAGCCAAUCAUAUACUCGAAACACGCUAUGGCAGUGUGGCCGUGAGAGGUAUAGAUAACACGGCCGUUGCCGUUGAUAAACUCAUUGACAGAUAUUUCCCCGCAACAGAAGAGGAGAAACCGCAAGAUGGUACAGAGAUAAAUGCAGCUGAGGAGGACAAACUGCUACAUACUCUACAAACAGUCGGUCACCUGUCAAAUAAAGCUGCUCGACGUGUGUACCUGAACAUAGUAAACCACCUGCGCACCAUCAAGAAGGACGCUUUAUUGAAUUCUUAUGUCAGCAGUUUAGUCGAGUUCCUUCAUCUCACGAAGUAUAUUCACACUGUCAACGAAAAGCCGUACAUUAAUGGCGCAAAAAAGGAAGUACCACAAGAAGAUAAGGAAAAGAACGAAUAAAAGCACCGCUUCUACCCCGUUUUUCUCAACAUUUCUCCACGUAUGGUUAUUUAAACCACCACGAAUAUAAUUUGUAUUUGUCACUGGAGAUAACGUUUAUAUUUAUUUUUAAUAAUUAUGCAUAUAUAAUUGUUAUUCGCGGCGAAUAUGCUUUGAUAAUAACGUCGUAGAAUUGAAUUAUCGUGCUUUCUCGCAGCCGAAAAAGUAAUCAACAUGCGAAAAUAUUCUGCAUCAACGGAAUGCUAAUACGUAAACAUUCCUUUAUGUUACUCGCUAAAUGCAAAAUUAAAAAAAGUGUAAUUGUAAGAGCAAGAUAUAGAAUUGUGUAUAGAUAAGUUUUAUAUUUAUAUAUUUUGUAUAAUUUACGAUUGUGCGAAAAGAGAUGAAUAAGGCACUGAAAAAUACACAUGCAAUAAACUUGAAAGAUUAUUACUA